AUGUCCGGCCUCAAGAACAACCGCACGCUCGAGAUCCUGCGCAAGGCCGAGGAGGGCCGCUACGGCAUCCUCGCGCAGUGCGUCUACGACGCCAACCAGGCGCUGGCGUUUGUGCGCGCGUGCGAGGCGAAGCGGAGCCCAGGCAUCCUGCAGCUGUUCCCCAUUACUGUCAAGCUCGGGGGUGGCCCGUUCCUGCGGUACUGCAUCGACAUCUGCCACGCCGCCUCGGUCCCCAUCUCAGUCCACAUGGACCACGCGACCGACGCCGAGGCGCUCGAGCAGGCGAUCGGGCUGGCCGAGCAGGGCAUUGCGUUCGACUCGAUCAUGGUCGACGCGAGCCACGCCGAGACGGACGAGGAGAACAUUGCCAUUGCGGUCCCCUACAUCCAGCGGUGCAACGCGCUCGGCAUCGCGACCGAGGUCGAGCUCGGCCGCUUGGAGGGCGGCGAGGCCGGCCUGCGCGUCAUCGACGGCGGCAUGCUCACCGACCCGAGCAAGGCCGAGGCCUUCAUGGCCGCCACCGGCGCCGACAUCCUCGCGCCCUCCAUCGGUAACCUCCACGGAAGCUACAAGUUUGUCGAGGGCGGGCCCAACUUCCGCCAGGAGAUCCUCAAGGACCUCCAGAAGAAGGACAAGGUCCCCUACCUCUGCCUCCACGGAACCGACGAGAUCUCGGACGACCUCUUCCGCGAGUGCAUCGCAAACGGCGUCUCCAAGGUCAACGUCAACUCGUGGCUCCGUGACCCGUACUGUGUCGCCUUGGCCGAGGGCCUCACGACAAAGUCGAUGCCCGAGGCCAUCGACGACGCCAUCGAGGCGCUCGAGCAGUCGGCGUACCGCUUCUUCGACCUCCUGGGGUCCGCGGGCAAGGCCUAG